CUGCGCAGGGUUGUUGCCGAACCUCGUCGCCCUUUGCGGAGUGGGGCUAAGCUUCGACGGCACUGUCCUCCUUCUCCACCACCACCAUCCCGAUCAAGCCUUCUUGUCCUUCUCUCCUUGCGGAGCUUCGUCCUUUGACAUCACACAUUGUGACCCAGCUUGUGUUUUCCUCUUAUUCUGCUUCUUUUUCUGCAGUUUCUCGAGCUUUUUAUUUGGCGGCAUUGGCAGGUAGAGGGCGAAGAUAGGGCAGGGUUGAUUGGCCUUGGAGGGGAGGCGCCCAAACACCGUCAUGGCUUCACCGGAGCGCUCCGAAGAUGGGCCGACAACGUCAGGAGGAGAUUUCGACACGGACAGGUUGCCGUUGUCGAGCACCGGUGGCGGGCGGCGGGGGAGUAUGGGUGGUUCAGAGUUUGAUAGUGAGAAUGAAGCCGUGGAGGAUCGCAACCUGUUUAUUGAUGAGGAGAUUGUGGACCAAGAGGAGGAGGAAGAUGGGGAGGAUCUUUAUGAUGAGAACUUCAUGCAGCGAGACUAUCAAACGCUUGAAGAACAGGAUCGUUAUGAAGUUGAUGGACUCGAUGACGAGGUGGAGGAUACUCGAGAUUUUGCGACCAUUAUGGCUGAUCGACGAGCUGCUGAAGCCAACUUGGAUGAAAGGGAUGGGAUAUUAAAUCACUCUCGAGUUCGCAAGCUACCCACCAUGCUUCAGGAGUAUGAUGAUGACGAGAACGAGGAAUAUCAACCUGCCAGACGAAGAAUGCGUUUGCAUGAGCCUGUUGCGUCUCCCGUUAUGAGUAUGAGCGAGCAUGACGAAACGGGUGACAAUGAAGAAGAAGAAGAUGACGAAGAAGAUGAUGGUGGAACGGACUUCUUGAAUGUGCAAGGAAACAGUAUAGCAGAAUGGGUCGCUCGAGAUGAUGUCCGUCGUUUUGUUCAGAGGAAGUUUCGUCGUUUUCUGGAGACAUUCAGCUCCAAGGAGGCGAUGUAUAAGAAAGUCUAUAGAGACAGCUUGGACAACAUGGUUGCUGCGAACUUGUGUAGUUUGGAGUUGAAUUAUGGUCAAUGGUUGGAUAGCUGUCCAGAGCUGGCCAUUUGGCUUGCUGAUGCUCCUCAACCUCUCCUGGAAAUCAUGGAAGAAGAAGCAAAUGCGUUUGUUCUCCGACAUCAUCCUAACUACUCUAAAAUUCAUGAAAAGGUGUAUCUACGGAUCAGCAAUCUUCCUUUGGAGGACAAAAUUCGCAACAUCAGGCAAGUGCAUUUGGAUACCUUGAUCAAGAUCUCAGGGGUCGUCACCAGACGCUCCGGGGUCUUUCCGCAAUUGCAGCAAGUAAAGUACGACUGCGUUAAAUGUGGAACCAUUCUUGGGCCCUUUUUCCAGAACACGCAUACCGAGAUCAGGGUUGGAUCUUGUCCUGAAUGCCAAUCUAGAGGACCCUUCACUGUGAACGUCGAACAGACCAUCUACAGGAACUACCAGAAACUCACUUUGCAAGAAAGUCCCAACACAGUUCAAGCAGGAAGACUCCCAAGAUACAAGGAAAUUAUUCUUCUUCAUGAUCUCAUCGAUGUUGCACGUCCUGGAGAAGAAAUUGAAGUAACUGGCAUAUACGUGAACAACUUUGACUCUGCAUUGAACACAAAAAAUGGUUUCCCUGUGUUCGCGACUGUGGUGGAGGCUAAUUAUGUGCAAAAGAAACAAGAUUUGUUCGCUGCUUACAAAUUGACUGAUGAAGACAAGGCUGAUAUACAGAGGCUUUCGAAAGAUCCUCGCAUCGGCCAGAGGCUCGCGAAGUCUAUUGCUCCUUCUAUUUUUGGGCAUGAGGAUAUCAAAAUGGCUCUAGUACUUGCAAUGUUUGGAGGUCAGGAGAAGAACGUGCAAGGUAAACAUCGGCUUCGAGGCGAUAUAAAUGUUUUGUUGCUGGGUGAUCCGGGGACAGCGAAAUCUCAGUUUCUCAAGUAUGUGGAAAAAACCGCUCAGCGUGCAGUUUACACCACAGGCAAAGGAGCUUCAGCAGUGGGUCUUACUGCAGCAGUACACAAGGAUCCUGUAACAAGGGAGUGGACUUUGGAAGGAGGUGCCCUUGUACUAGCUGACCGUGGUAUAUGUCUUAUUGAUGAGUUCGACAAGAUGAACGAUCAAGACAGGGUGAGUAUUCAUGAGGCUAUGGAACAGCAGAGCAUCAGUAUAUCUAAGGCAGGCAUUGUGACUUCGUUGCAAGCCCGGUGCGCUGUUAUUGCUGCAGCAAAUCCAAUUGGAGGCCGAUAUGACUCCUCCAAGACCUUUGCGCAAAAUGUGGAGCUCACUGAUCCUAUUCUUUCUCGAUUUGAUGUCCUCUGUGUGGUGAAGGACAUUGUGGAUCCAGUGCAAGAUGAAAUGCUGGCAUCUUUUGUUGUGGAUAGUCAUUUUAAGUCCCACCCAAAGCACCAAGAUUCUGACGACGACCAACAAUCUAGGCCAGUCACAACUGAUGAAGAGAUUCUACCUCAAGAUAUUUUACAGAAAUACAUCACUUAUGCUAAGAUGCAUGUGCAUCCUUUUCUUCAUGAUGUGGACCUGGAAAAGAUGGCUCUGGUUUAUGCUGAUCUUCGUCGUGAAUCUAUGUUCGGACAAGGAGUGCCAAUUGCAGUACGGCAUAUCGAGUCAAUGAUACGAAUGGCAGAGGCACAUGCACGCAUGCAUCUAAGAAGUUUUGUUACUGAGGAUGACGUUGAUAUGGCUAUUCGUGUGAUGCUGGAGUCAUUCAUCUCUACACAGAAGUUUGGUGUCCAGAAAGCUCUGCAAAAGAGCUUCAAAAAAUAUAUUACUUACAAGAAAGACUUCAAUGAGCUACUGCUACACUUGCUGCGUGGCCUAGUUGCUGAUGCAAUUCGCUUCGAGGAGAUGACAUCACGCACUAACGUUCAUCUCGCUGAAGUUGUUGUCAAAACGAUCGAUCUUGAGACAAAGGCAAGAGAGUACGGGAUCAAUGAUUUGCAGCCCUUUUACAACAGCAAUCAAUUCAGCUCAGCGAACUUUAUUUUAGAUCAAGCGCAAGGGGUUAUAAAACAUUCUCUCUGAGAGCCGAUAAUUUUAGUGCAGACUUGCGAACCCAAGUGUAGACCAUGUACACUAACUUAAGAAUUAUACUUGGUUUGGUAUUUUGACAAUUCCGGAUGCAUUUUGAAAGAACAUGAUCUUGCCAAGAUCUUCAGUCUAGCCUAAUCAUCGUUAGCUAAGUACACAAUACAUGUUUAUCGACUGAAAAUGUAUGUUGGAUUUUCUGUUAAAUUUCUACAAUAUUGUUUUAAACGACGCUGUUCAAAUCA